AAAUGUUUCCCAAGAUCCUAGGUAGCUUGUUCAUGUUCGAAAAAUUGGUUAGCAUUGUCAAAAAGGUGGCCAGCAAGGUCUCAUCCCAAUCCUCCAAUACCAAUUCUAAGCAACAAAGCACCACCACCACCUCCAGCGGCACCACCACCACCUCCAGCAGCAGCACCAGCAGCGCAUACACCGGACUAGGCAACAUCAUUAAGCUCCUUCCGACAGGGACCGUCUUCCUUUUCCAAUUCCUCAACCCUCUUUUGACCAACAACGGCCAAUGCCACACUUAUAACAAGUACCUAAGCGCCAUUCUCAUCGCAGUCUGCGGCCUUUCGUGUUGUAUCGCUAGCUUCACGGAUAGCUAUAAGGGGAGCGACGGGUCGACCCACUACGGGCUCGUCACGGCCAAGGGCAUCUGGCCGAGCUCGAGCUCUAGCAAUUCCUUGUCGGGGCAUAAGCUUCGGUUUUCGGAUUUCGUUCACGUGUUUGUGUCGGUGAUUAUUUUCGCGGUUUUGGCGUUGUUGGACACGAACACCGUGAGGUGCUUUUAUCCGUCUUUUGAGACUACGGAGAAGACUUUGAUCAAGGUUCUGCCAACCGUGAUCGGCUCGAUCUCGAGCACGGUGUUCACGUUGUUCCCGAGCACGCGCAACAGAGUUGGGUAUCCUUCAAGUGAUGCUAGUACUACCUCGGGGACUAGUAAUACCACGGGGACCAGUACUACCACGGGGACCAGUACUACCUCCGAGAGCAAAGCCGAGAAAGUUUGA